GUGGGAGUGAGAGAGUAUGGCGGCCGUCAGGCAAGGAAGAUCAUCAUCUGUUCUGUCAUCUGUUCCCCUACAGAUCCUUUUCUUUUUAGUUGGAAUUUAUUAUAUAUUUUAUUUUUUAGCAGCACUUCUAAUGAUUAUUUAUAAAAGUCAGGUUUUCACUUAUCCAUAUAGGUUUUUGACUCUUGAUCUUGUAUUGCUGUUCUUUAUGGCACUUCUUGAAGCUAUCCGCUUGUACUUUGGUACUAAAGGCAACUUGACAGAAGAGGAAGCUCCCCUUGGGAUCAGUCUUGGGAUCACUGUUGGCACUGUACUUCUGUCAGUCUAUUUUCUAGUGUGGCAAACAUAUAUCCUGAGAGCAGAUGUCAUUAUUAAUGUGGUGCUACUUGUUGCAUAUGGACUUGGAGGAAUUCUACAAAUCAUAGCAAUUGCUGCCUUUGUCAGCUAAAUCAUGUUGAUGCUUGUAUACAUGGAUUUUCUGUGUUUCCUUGUAAUGGAAGCAAUGUUUAAAAAUUACAUGAAGGAGAUGUUGACAGUUCUGUUCCUUGUGGCAUACCAAAGUUGCAUGAGACUUUGGUAAAACAGGCUCAGCUGCUCCAUUUUCAGCAUAGCAUAUGUACCAUAAUGACCUGUGCUUCAGUUGAAGUUGGCAAGUUUGUGGCAAAUAAGCUGUUUUUCAAGGGGAAAAUAUCUCUUUAAAUACACAAGUCAAAUUGAAUUUUCUAGGAACUAUGUAUAACAUGAAUUGUUUUACCUUUUAUCUUUCUCUCUGUUAAUUUGCAACAUUCCAGUUGUCUUUUGUAAAUACUUGUGUUGUGCUUUUUUCAAAAGCAGAUACCAUAUAUAGAUCUGAUACUACUUUUUUUCUCCCAAAACUACUAUAUUUAUAUUUUUAUAUCUUUUUAAAUACAUAUUUCAGAGAUUGUACAUAUAAUGUAUGACUAUUAUUCUUCUUCUGAUAACAGAAUGGUAGUUGAAUGUAGAUUAAGUCCAUUUUUUCUAUGCUAAAUAUUAUGGAGUUCUUCUAGAUAAUGGAGCAUUGCACAAAAGGCAUAGCUGUGAUUAGGAAACAGAAAUGUCAAGUUUAGGGUUUAGUGAGUCCUAUAGCUUUAAAUACCUUGAAUUAUUUAAAAUCUGAUUGCAGAGAUUUAUCAUGUUUGUAGGGCUGAUUCUCUGGAAGUGCCUUGUAUCCAUGUAUUAGGACCAGAGAUAGAGUGAAGUUCAAGAUUUUGUGAAGAUUAUUGUGGAGAAUGCGUAAUAUACAUAAUUAUUUCUGACAUUUCAGAACAAUGCAGCAGGAAUGUUCAAUUAAUUAGAAUGAGUGCUGAUUAAAUCAGAAUGAGCCAAACUUUGGAAACAAGUAAAAGAGGAAUGAUAUAUAAUUUUAUAAGUACAUCUACCAACCCAACAAUUGUGAAUUUUGGCAUAUGUUCAAGUGCUUAUCUAUAUAAGUAUUUUUCAUUAUCAUUUACUAUCAUGAAAACAUUGACUUGAUUGCUAACUUGACCUAUUGAUUACUCAAAAUCAUUUAAAAAUGAUUAGUACCAUAUACGUAUUUUACUUCCCUACGUUUAAGAAAGAUUGAGUUUCUCCCGUCUGUACGCUUUAGAGCUUAGAGCCUAGCAAACUAAGGCUGAAUGCAGUUCUCAGAACACUCCCGGAAUAGGUGGAUCCACUUUUUUUUUUGACAGGAAGAUUGCACAAAAUAUAAACAAUGACAUAAUGCAGUCACCAAAAUGAUUCACAGGCACAUUUGUAAAAAUUAUAAUGUGCCAGUAAUGAAAAAUAGAUGGAAACAUAGAGUGGAAAAAUAUUUGAAAGUGAGCAGGUUAAAAGUGGGUUUUGCAAAGACAAACUGAUAAUCUUGAACUAUAACACAUCAGAUUUAACUGUAGUUAAAGAAGAAUGUGUAGAUAAUCGAUGUGGCAACAUCAGGGGAUAGUAAGAUAGAAGACAAAAGAACUGAAAAUCAGAAAGUAUCAAGAUCUGAAAAUCGAAGUUGAAAUAUUAUAGCAUAAACUGGUUAUAUUGGUCCCCAUGCUUAUUGGCAAACUAGAUGCAUGUUGCCAAAAAGUCUUGGACAACACUUAGAAAAUCUGCGCAAUGACAAAAUGUCUAUUAAUUGUAAAAACACCACACUGGUUCCAGAUAUAUACUACACAAAUACAUUAUGACAUGCUACAUUCUGGGAAGAACUUGAAGUAUAUGACAGCCAACACUAGGUAAAAAAACUGAGAACUAUUGCUUAUAUGUUCACAUGUUGUUUAUAUAGUAUAUACUAGUAUUAAUACUAUUCAUACUGAUGCACUAAAUGUUUUACAGAUGGAUGUUGCUGAACUGUCAAUUCUUUUUAUGUAAUCUGUAUAAAACAAAGCAGUAUCUUAAUAGCUCAAAAAUUAAUGUAAAGGACAUAUAUAAUAUUAUCAAAUAGACAUACAGAACAUUUCAUAAAUAUUUUAAGGCAACCUAGUACCCUUCAGAUAUUUUGGAACUGCAAUUCCCAGCCAAAUGUGAAAACUGUAGUAUCAGACUGGAAAAAAUGAUUUACAUUGCUAAGCAUAUUAGUGGUGUUUCCUGUAUCAAAGUGAAAUAUUGUAGUCUUAAAUAAUUUUAACUGAGACAUGGAGUAGAUUACCCAAAUAUUUUUAUGCUAUGUUCACCUGCUAUUUGUGUGUAUGAACAUGAAUUGUCAUGGUGAAGUCACAAUAAUUGCUAAAUACACUAACAUUUUUAAGUGUCUAAUUAAAAAGCCUAGCCCUUCUGGAACAGGAUAAGCAAGUUUAAAUUAAAGCUGCAUUAAAAAUAAAGAAGCAUGUGUUUUUCAGAUGUCAAAAUCUUCCUUUGGUGGUGUUUGCUUCAAGGAAAAAACCUUAUUCUACACACAAUUUGGUUUUACUAUCAUUAGCUUAAUUUUAAUUUUUGCUUUAAAGGGAAAAAAACAUAAGAUGUCCUAUAGAGAUAAAGCUAUGUUGUUUUGCACUUUUUUGCUACUUCCAAACCAAACAAAAUUAAGGGAAUUAAAUCAGAACAAAGUACUAGAUUUCAUAAGAUGCAGUAAGCAAAUUUCUGUCCACAACAUAGUAAGUUAUAGGUGAUUAAGGCAACUUAAGGGAGGACUCUCUUCACCUCAAUAAUACGUUUUGUGGGCUUUGAAAAGUCUUAAAUGUGCAGAAAAUAGGAUCAGACCACACACAAAUCAGCCUACAAAAGAUACGAUUUCUGUCUUCAGAUCAUAGAUAAUGCAAUAAACACAAGCCUAUUCUGGAAUUGGGAAUCUGCCAACUAUAGCUCUUCCACCUCUUAUUAGAGGUAUUUGAAAAUGAGGAUAUUGCAAAUUGAUUCAUCUAUUGUAUGACAUUAUAUAUUAAUGUAAAUAAAUCUGUUCUAUCCACUAAUCUGAUUCUGGAAGAGUAAGAAUGAAUUUGUAUGCCUAGAAUUAAAAGAUUUCAGGUCCUUUU